GACUUAAGGGGUGUAGGGGCCAUUAGGUCGCCUGGAUCGAUUAAAAAAGAGAGAAAAGCAGCCAGACCAGGCAAGGCACGGAGGCGGAGGAGAAUAUGCCGACGGAGGAUGAGCAUGAUGAUUAUACUAUUACGGCGGAGGAAUACGACCGUCAUAUGAGUGAUUACUGGCGUGUAGUGGCGGAAUCCGAGGGCUUCGAUUGCGAUGAGUAUGAAAGUCCAGUAGUACUUACUGCUGCACUGCUUCCAUUCGACUGUCAAGAUGGUUCUCGUUAUCCUUAUCCACUCUUGGUCAAGCGUUAUGCUUUGUUGGGCCUUCAUCGUUACAAUAUUUUGGAGGGGUCAUGCUUCCACCUCGCUACCCUACAGAAAUUCAACAGGACAAUGAGCCGUAUGGCUUCCUACUACCUUACUUUUCUUGCACUCGAUCCAACUAUCUCAUCGCAGGAAACCACCUUUCAAGUUCGAGUUGAUGAACAAGCAUAUACCAGUUUGGAUUUGACUGUUUCUGUUGCUAGACCUAAAAAAGAUAAAAACACAGCGGCGUCUGCGACCACCAACAAGGUCUUCAUACCUCACUUUCAUGCUAGCGCACUAUCAGAUGAUAGUGUCUUCCAAGGUGAAUUACCUGAUUGGCCAACAGAAGAUGCUUUGAAUGAUGAUAGAAACGGGUUUUACGUGCUCAAGGAAUCGGAGUGGCGAAUCACUGAUUGGAUUUCUCUUUAUUUGGAACUUUUGAUUUGUUCAAAUGAUAAAGGGCUCUUUGGUAUAGUGCAGAGUGGUCUCUCCCAGGUUCAGAUUCUGAAAGUGGCGAUACAAACUGAGGAAGAAGAUCAGAAGCCCCCAAGUGGGAGACUCAAUGCCAGAAGGGCACAUGUCUACAUAACUUUUCAGGGCUUGGCUAAGUCCCCAUCGCUUGUUGAGAUUGGUGAGCACGUUGAACGCAAAGCUAUCAUUAGAAGAGUCAUCGAUGCAUGUUCGGGAUUCUUGACCCUCACGGGUAAGUUUUGGAGUGGUAAAGACACCGAGCAGAGUUCUACUUCUAUGACUCUCCAGAGUGGAGAAAAAGACUAGAGUUUUCGAAAACGAUCUCACUUAGGCUAGGUGUUUAGCCAUGGUUGAAGUGGAUUACCUAAAGCCGACUCAGAAAAUGUAGAAGCAUUUAUACUACACUAGUUAGCCCUGGGCACGAAGCGAAUAUUCGAAAAAUUUGUGAUAUUUGUUAUUUGUUU